AUGGCAGAUAGGUUGGCGCGCAUUCUCGGCACAGAAGACGACCGGUAAGUCUUGCGCACAAAGCUCUAGAUCAACUGCCCGUUUUACUGGAAAAUCGGCGCUUGCCGGCACGGCGACCAUUGCAGCCGCACACAUUACCGGCCCGCCGUCUCGACGACCAUUUUGCUGAAACACUUCUACAAAAACUCGCCGGUGAUGCUUGCGGUCGCCGAAGGCCAAGAUGUCGAUGACGAGGUCGCCGAUGCUGCGCAGCAGGAGUUUGAGGCGUACUACGUCAAGCUCUGGAAGUCCUUCGAGGAACACGGCGAGCUCGACCAGCUGCUGUGCUGCGACAACAUUGGCGACCAUAUGAUCGGCAACGUGUACGUAAAGUACGCGACAGAGGACGGCGCGGCGAAAGCUAUGAAGCACCUGGUCGCGACAAAACAGGAUGCUGCGCCCGUGCUAGCGGAGUUCAGCCCAGUGCACGACUUCCGCCAGUGCCGCUGCAAACAGUUCAUGGAGGGCCGCUGUCAGCGCGGCGGCUACUGCAACUUUGUGCACUUGAAGCAUCUGCCACGCGUUUUGCGUCGCAGGCUCUUGAAGGAAAUGUACGAAAAACACGCGGAGUACACCAGCAACUGA